AUGGAGUUAGGCUGCAGGAUAAUCUACUGGUUUCUAUUCAUUAUCGGUGUUCCUGGUAACAUUAUCAUCACGGCAGCCUAUGCUAUGAAAGCGAAGAAGAAGAGCACCGACAUGCUGAUCUUGAUACAAGCCUUGGUGGACUUGAUUGCCUGUAUCACCCCGCAACCUGAUAUGAUUAAUGACGUCUCUUCCUGCUUGGUAACAGCUAUCAUCAGGAUGACCACGUCUCUUGGUUCCCUGUUCUUGACGUUUUCCAUUGCCCUUGAUAGAUUCGUAACCGUUUGCAGACCCUUCUCUCGUCAGAUGACCAGAACAUCGGCAACAAUACUUGCAUUAGCCUGUUUGGGGUUCGCUUUCCUUCUCAACCUGCCUUCAGUAUGGUACUUCAAACUGCUAGACCUUGUCUCUGAAGGAUGCAUGUCUGUUGUUACGUCACCCUUUCACGUUCCUGUCAAGGUAAUCCUAGUGGUCUCCUUUUCGGUCGCUGUAUUGGAGUUUGUUUUCUUACAGUAA